CAGUCGGUGCCCUGCUGAAACUUAUUUAUUGCGCCUUGAAGACAGUCACGCACAUGUAAAAAAAAAAAUGAAGUCCCCAUUUUGCUGCUGGUCAUCAUUUGGUGUGCAGAUGCUCAUCUCAAAGCCCGCAAAGCGUCCGGAGUGAUUUGCACUUUCAAAGACAAGACCUACAGGCCAGGAGACACCUGGCAUCCUUAUCUAGAGCCCUUUGGAUUUAUCUUCUGCAUGCGAUGUGCCUGCACAGAGAUCGGUCAUGUGAAAUGUAACACAAUAAAGUGUCCCGCUCUGCCCUGUGAAAAUCCAGUGUCCGAGCCUCAGCAGUGUUGCCCGAGAUGCACGGAUCAACCCAAGAUCCCAGCAGGGCUGCGAGCAUCAGUGAAAUCUUGCAGACACAAUGGAAGCAUUUAUCAGCCCGGGGAGAUUUUCACAAAGCACAACCUCUUCCCAUCCAAGCAAAGCAAUCAGUGCGCAAUGUGCACGUGUUCCAAUGGGAACAUCUUCUGCGCUCUGAAAACAUGCCACCCACUUACCUGUUCCUCACCGAUCUCAGUUCCAGAAACUUGUUGUUUGGUGUGUAAAGAUUACAGCACCAGCGGGUCUUCAUCAACUGAGGAUGGGAACCAACAGCUGAACCGGGGAGUUAGACAUUCAGUGGACCAGUGUGCCGAGGAGCAGAUCAGGGUGCGGCCCAAUCAUGCCACCCCACCCAGGGCCAGGACGUCUCCCAGAGGUCUGAGCCUCAGUAAACUCAACCUUAAAGGGGCUGCGAACACCACUGUGAAGAUACUGUUGCAGAGGAAACACCAAAGAGCAUGUUUAUACAACGGCAGGACGUACUCUCACGGAGACAUGUGGCACCCAGUUUUAGGAAAGGUCCUGGAAUGCAUCCUGUGCACUUGUACUGACGGCGUUCAGAACUGCAAACGCAUCACGUGUCCCAGCCAAUAUCCAUGCCAACAUCCAAUGAAACCAGCAGGAAAGUGCUGCAAGACGUGUCCAGAGAACAAAACUGAAAGCAACCAGACUCGGUGUUACCUUGGGUAUAAAAACAACCUCUUGGUGUAUAAAGUCGAUUCAUUGUUGAAAGUUGACUCACCCGGCACAGUCAGGAUCAUUGCUGUUGAAAGACAAAGCACGGCUGAGGUUGAAGUGCACGUGUGGAAGAAUGUAGAAGGUGUUUUACACUUAAUGGAAAUUGGAGAUCUUCAGAGAAAAGAUAUUAUGGAUCAUCCAGAAAAUUACACAUUACUCACGACCGUUGAUGAAGAGACGUGGAGAAAAUUUAAAGAGGAUGGAGAAAAUCUGAGGAAAAUUUCUCCAACCACACUAUGUAAAGAUGGCAUUCGGGAGAUGGUGACAUUUCUAAAUGCUAAACAGACUGAAGCCAUGUGUUCUCCCUAAAUGGUUUACUCUCUUUAUAUUUCCAUUAAGUAGAUGGU